UAACCAAUUAGACCAAAAAGAAAAUAUUCAUUUCAUAUGAAAUUGUGCUCUCUGAAUUGAAUUAAAUUGAUAAUGGAAUUGACAUAUUCUCCAGUGCCCUUUGUCCAAGAAUUAGCAAAAGAGGCAUUGACCAAAGUUCCAGAUCGUUAUGUUCGUCCACAUCAUGACCGUCCAAUAUUAUCUUCAACUACUACUAGUACUCCUUUACCUCAACUUCCUGUUAUUGACCUUAGCAAAUUGUUAUCAUCCCAUGAUCUCAAUGAACCUGAGCUGAAGAAACUACACUAUGCUUGUAAAGAGUGGGGUUUCUUUCAGCUGAUUAAUCAUGGAGUGAGCGAAUCAUUAAUGGAAAAUGUGAAGAAAGGUGCUGAAGAAUUUUUCAAUCUUCCAAUGGAAGAAAAGAAGAAGUUUGGGCAAACAGAAGGGGAUGUGGAAGGAUAUGGUCAGGCCUUUGUAGUAUCUGAGGAACAGAAACUAGAUUGGGCAGAUAUGUUUUUCUUGUUCACUUUGCCACCCCACAAAAGGAAACCUCACUUGUUUUCCAACAUACCCCUACCAUUCAGAGUUGAUUUAGAGAAUUAUUGUGAAAAAAUGAGAACCCUUGCAAUCCAGAUCAUGGACCUUAUGGCACAUUCUCUUGCUGUAGAUCCCAUGGAGAUAAGAGAGUUUUUUGGUCAAGCAACUCAAUCAACAAGGAUGAAUUAUUAUCCACCGUGUCCCCAACCAGAGUUUGUUAUAGGACUCAAUUCUCAUUCUGAUGGUGGUGGCCUCACCAUCCUUCUCCAAGGCAAUGAAAUGGAUGGUCUUCAAAUUAAAAAAGAUGGAUUGUGGAUUCCUGUUAAACCCCUCCCUAAUGCUUUCAUUAUCAACCUUGGAGACAUGUUGGAGAUGAUGACAAAUGGAAUAUUUCGAAGCAUCGAACACCGAGCAACAGUUAACUCAGAGAAGGAGAGGUUUUCCAUAGCCUCAUUCUACAGCCCUGCUUUUAAUACAAUUCUUAGUCCAGCACCAAGCCUUGUAACUCCAAAUACACCUGCAGUGUUUAAGAGAAUUAGUGCAGGAGAAUACUUCAAAGGAUACCUUGCACAAGAACUCUGUGGGAAAUCAUUCCUUGAUAGCAUAAGGAUUCAGGCUGAAAACGAUCAAAGCCCUCGGAACUUUACAAUUGACGAAAACAUAAAAGUUUAACUUAUGGCAUUAGGCAUGUCACAUUGAAAACUAUAUUGUAUUUGUACUUUCUUUUUGUGCUUGUUUUGUACACAAUAAGUCGGGGCUUUAUCUAUCUGCUGUAUUUGACAUUUUAAGACUGUUUCUUAGGUGCUAUUUUACAUUUUAAGUGUAACUUUUUUUUA